CUGACACAGAAACCGGCUGUUCUGUCCUGAAAGGGGACACAUAACCGACACGGUCCGCUUACCAGCUCAUUUGCAGGGACUCAUUCCGUAGCUGUAGUUGCACUUUUUCUAAAGAACACACCACCAGCUUUAAAAAAAAAAUGAUAAAGAACGGGCAUCACCACCCCCAACUGAACGCAGCAGCAGCAGCCGGAAAAGACGCAGGGACGACCCCCAGUGCUGCAGCGUGCAGUCCCGAGAAGAGGAGGCGAAGGAUCCGGGUGUGGUGCGACGGCUGCUACGACAUGGUCCAUUACGGACACUCAAACCAGCUGCGGCAGGCCAAAGCCAUGGGAGAUUACCUCAUUGUCGGAGUCCACACAGACAGUGAGAUAGCGAAGCACAAGGGUCCGCCGGUUUUCACUCAGGCAGAAAGAUACAAGAUGGUGCGGGCCAUAAAGUGGGUGGAUGAGGUCGUGGAGGGAGCACCUUACGUCACCACCCUCGGGACCCUCGACAAGUACAACUGUGACUUCUGUGUGCAUGGAGAUGAUAUCACACUUACAGUGGAUGGGAAAGACACAUACGAAGAGGUGAAGAAGUCAGGGCGGUACAGGGAGUGUAAGAGAACACAGGGGGUGUCCACCACAGAUCUGGUUGGCAGGAUGCUUCUGAUGACCAAAGCACACCACAGCAACAUUGAUAGUUCAGACUAUCAGCAGCACACAGACAACUUUGGAAAGAAGGGUCACAGUCCAUGGACGGGGGUGUCUCAGUUCCUGCAGACGUCACAGAAGAUUAUCCAGUUUGCCUCAGGGCAGGAACCUCAACCUGGAGACACCAUAAUCUAUGUGGCAGGAGCCUUUGAUCUCUUCCAUAUCGGUCAUGUGGACUUCCUUGAAGCAGUACAUAAGCUAGCAGAAAAGCCAUACAUUAUAGUGGGGUUGCACUUUGAUCAGGAAGUGAAUCGCUACAAAGGAAAAAACUACCCUAUAAUGAACAUUCAUGAGAGAACGCUGAGCGUCCUGGCUUGUCGAUAUGUUUCAGAAGUGGUGAUUGGUGCACCGUUUGCAGUCACCAAAGACUUGCUGGAGCAUUUCAAGGUGGAUCUUGUAUGCCAUGGAAAGACAGAAAUAUAUCCUGACAAAGAUGGAUCGGACCCUUAUGCUGAGCCGAGGAGGAAGGGAAUCCUACGUACCGUUGAUUCUGGGAACAGCCUCACUACAGACGCCAUUGUGCAGAGGAUAAUUAAAAACAGGUUGCUAUUUGAAGCAAGGAACCAGAAGAAAGAGGCCAAAGAGAUCGCCGUGAUCCAGGCCAUGAAGCGCAAAGAGGAGGAAAAGACUAAAGAGAGACCCCAGGCUGUGCUGCAGAAAGGCCCCAAAACAAGCACCGUUAACUAACACAACUAAAAAUUAAGCUCUCGUGCAGUAAAAUCAACUCUUUUAUAAUGGUGACAGUCCUGGCUAAUGACAGCAGCCCUCACAGCAGUCCAUUUAUAGCCAGGGCAGCAUUUGCCUGCUGUGGGUAUCAGGUAUACAGUGUGUGUGGGUGUGUGUGAGGAUUAAACAUGCAUUCAUAUACCCUACAUAUGCAAAUAAAUGUUCAUAUAAGCCAACAAUCACACAUAGAGACAGCUAACUAUGGACUUAUGGACAGAAUAGUAGACAAAAUAGGAGCAAAGAAGAUAUCAGAUGUCUAUUUUAUGUCUUCAAGUAUUUUUUUAAUCCUUAAGAAUUUUAUUUUCUGCCUUCAAACUAAAUUUUUAAGUGUUAUCUCAUGGGAUUUGGACAUAUGAAGUGGAAGUGUUGGGACCUAGAUGUUGGCAAAGCACUGAUUUUUAAAACAAUGUAGUUUGAUUUGUCAUUUCUGUGGGGGUUUUGCUGCUUUCUGUACAGCACCUGGUGUUACCCCCUAACUAAACUACCUUUGUAUAUACUGUAUGUACUGUAUGUAUGUAUUAUAUAGUGUCUGCAAGAUGCUAAAACCACUGCAGAAUCAAGGACAGAUAAUUCCCUUGAUUCUCUGCAUCUAUCUCCGGUUGUCUGAGGUGUUGGACUCUCACUGGACCUCGUGUACAUAUCAGACCUCGCUCUUACCAGACUGCACUGAAAUCAUCAGAUUUUUUCUGUUUAUAUUGUUGAGCAGAUUUUUUUAAACUCACAUGGAAGAGACCUGCACGCCCGGCCUUUUCAAGUGCAAAUGCAUAGUUUAUAAGCUACACUCCAUAGAUUUAUGCUAACAUAGAAAACAUUGUAGAGUUUUAACAGACUGCUUUUAACCUUUAGUUUUAAGUAUGAAGAGAAUAAGCUCAAUGUCAUUGACAUGAUCAUGAAAAAGACCUCUUACUCAUGAAAUAGACCUCUUACUGUCAUCAAGCCCUGUACAAUUAACCUCUAUAUCAAAUGGGAUUAAAUAAUAUAUUUUUUGUAGAUGUAUAUUUUACUCACCUCCUCUGCAUUAACUACUGUAUAGAUGAUUUCAUAUGGUUAAAAGCAUAAUAAGAAUAAUAUGUCUGUAUGUAAAGUUGGAAUGUAUUCAUUGUAGGCUAUAAUCAAUGUUGUUGACAACUCUCAGUUGUAGAAAAUGACUGGACUACGGCACACUAU